GUCAGGUGAGAGGCGAACAGAUGAUAGCUGUCUUUUACUUUUUUUUUUACCCUCAGUGCCUCUUAGCUCUCCUACUCUCCUCUGGAGAGGUUUCUCUCCCUCCACCCCAACCCUUUUUUUUUUAAAUACAUGGACCCCCCCCCCCCCCCCCUCUACAGCUGGAGAAGACAUUGUGGAGCUGUGUAGGAGGCCAUGUUGUGUGUUUCUCCCUUUAAAUGUGGACCUAGAGAGCUGGAAUGACAACCACAGAAGCUUUUUCUAUGGACACCCCUCAUCCCACUCCCACACCCACCCAAUAACAAACGAAGGGACCUGAUUUGAAGAUUGCAGGGGAGGGUGGGUGACAUUUUUACCCAAUUCAGUGACUCAAUUAUUGGACCCAUACGGAAUGUAGGGCUCAGUCUACGUAUUUUUAUGAUUUUGCUCUGUUCCGGGUUCCACUUCUGUUGCCGUAGGAACUGCGGAAUGUUCCACCUCGUCAAGGUUGUUGCCUUUGUCAAACACUUGUGUUCACCGCAACACCACAACCCCCACAGCUGCUCUGUCAUUGGCCACAGCACCUGUCUGUCAAUUACCACAGGCCCCGCCCAACACACAAUGCUAUGUACCACCUUGUCACUGUCUUUAGCUAUUCUAUUGGCAUCAUGAGCUACCCACACAGGUUGUUUUUUUAACUCCUUUUUAUUCUUUUUUUUAGGUUGUUUUAAAAGUUAGUGGUUGAUUGUCUGAUCUUUUCAUUGUCAUUUUCAAGCUUUGUUGUUUGUCUGUUGAAAACAAUCAAAAAAAUCACAAAGACAUGAAUACGGACACAUGACUGGCAAUUUCUCGAUUAUGCUUAUGUUUUGUAAACCAAACAAAAAAAAAGAGUGUAGCGUAUUGCAUUUCAGUCUUCACCAUUAUCCAGAAACACACAGUUCAGGGGAUUUGACGAAAACAAUGUUCCUAAACAUGCGCAGGCGGAUAUGCACGCACACGUGCACACACACACACACACACACACACACACACACACACACAGCCAAACACACACACACAGGACUGGUAGAGGGUUUUUUUGCACACUGGUUCUGGACCUGCGUGUGCGUGUGUGCAUGUUGGUGUGUGUAUGUGUUUGUGCCUGUGUGUAUGCCUGCUGUCCCUGAUGCCUUCUGCAUAAGAUCUUCUUCAGCCUCUGCCGACAGGACGCACGUUUCUGUCAUCCCCUCAGGACACUAUGCAUCCCCCUCAACCUGAUUGUAGAAUACACACACACACACACACACACACACACACACACACACACACACACACACACACACACACCUGCAUCCCCCUAAACCUGAUUGUAGAAUACACACACACACACACACACACACACACACACACACACACACACACACACACACACACACACACACACACACACACACACACACACACACACACACACACACCUGCAUCCCCCUUAAGCUGAUUGUAGAACACGCACACACAUGCUUGUGCACGCACGCACACACACACACACACACCUACCAUGAUUGUAGACCUGGACACAACAACACACACACACAAACACACACACACACACACACACACACACACACACACACACACACACACACACACACACACACACACACACACACACACACACACACAUGAUUGUACCAAGACGUGCAUCAACCUAAACUGAUUUUCUACACACAGGCGAGUCCCAAAUUAAGGACUGGAUUUCUAUAGGGUCUCUCUCUGCAGGUGAACUGAGUGUGCUCCAUAGGUGAUGAUGCAUCAGUGGGGAUUUUCUUUUUCUUUUCUUUUUCUCUUUUUCUCAAGAAAUGUUUGCAUCACACACACACACACACACACACACACACACACACACACACACACACACACACACACACACACACACACACACACACACACACACACACACUCCUCCCAGGUCUGCAGUGUGUGAUAAAACCAGAGACUUGAGACAUGGAACCCGGAAGUGGGGGGAAAAACACAACAAAAACUGUGCCACCACUCAGAAUCACUGUGCUUUUUUGUGUUAAAAUCUCUGUAUGGGGAGACACAUUUUAAGCAAAUGGAGGUCUGUGACAUUAGAUUUGAUUUUUUUUAAUGAUAAAUAAAUGAGUAAAUAAAUAAUUUUAAAAAAGACAAAACUGAAUUAAAAACAUAAUGGACAGUCCUGUGGUGGAUUAGCUUUUUUGAUGUUGGUCUACUACUACUCAAUCACUGGACGUUACUAUAGCUACAGAAGCUGUGCGCUCCAUUUCGAAGUAGCGAGACAAAAUGGGUGGCCUCACCUGUAAGGCUAUUCUCUUUUUUUUGAUAUAUAUAUUAUUUUUUUGAGUUGUGUUUUUAAUUUAGUAGUUUUGUUUUGUUUUUCUUUCGUAUUAAGUUUUAUGUAUCUAAUCAGAAUGCAGAUGUGCGUUUAAAGUGUGAAGAGUGUUUUAAUGGUCCGAUGAUGUCGCGAGAGGAGACGUGUGUCAGAGUUUUAUUUUGCUUGUUAUGCUUUUAAAAGAUACGCAACACUGCUGUGUGGGAAGCUAAAUGACUUCUAUGCAUCGAGCAUUUUAAGUAAACGUGGGACUUCAUGCUUUGU